AUGGCUCCAUUUUUUUUUAUGGGGGGGGCUUCAGCGGAAACAGCGGCAUCAGCAGCGGCCGCAGCAGCUGCACCGUGGAAAGCAGCUUGUGUCAUUGUUCGCCUCAGGUCGCCGAUCAAGUUUCCUGCAAGGGUUCUUGCGGUGGCUCACGAGUGCGACCUGGCGGUUCUUACAGUUGAUAAUGACGACUUCUGGGCAGAUACACAAGGUCUUCUCUUUGGGGAGGACGGGGUGAUCGUGUUGGGUUAUCCGCGUGGAGGAGACAAUCUCUGCAUCACUUCCGGGGUUGUCAGCAGAGUGGACGUUAAUACCUAUGCCCAUUCCAAUACUGCGCUACUGUGCGUGCAAAUCGACGCGGCGAUUAACCCCGGCAAUAGCGGGGGACCAGCGCUGAAGGGCGGCCGCGUGGUGGGCGUUGCUUUUCAAGGAUGCGACGCCUCGGCGGCGCAGAACGUGGGCUACAUUGUGCCAUGGAACGUCGUGCGUCACUUGUUCGUAGACCUCAGUAGACAUCGCAGAUACACUGGCUUCCCAGCUGCCGGUGUUCUCUUUCAACAGCUGGAAAACGAAUGCAUGCAACAGAAGCUUGGCGUCUCGAAGCUUAAGGCAGAGGAUCUCCCAAAAGGUAACAAUGCCCUAUGGACCCUGCCGCUAACUGCCCCAGCUGCUGGUAAUCCUGGUAAUAGGCCAUACGUGGAGGCCGUUUACUUUGGUAUCUUCCGCGGGAGCAGCAAAACGCUUAGCUUAACAUUGGAGAAUGCCAUCAUAGUUGCUGUCGGAGCUGCUGCUUCUGCUGCUUCUGCAGGUGUCACUGCCAGUGGAAUCCUUGUUACGGCAGCCGAUGCGUUGAGAUCUCGGAACUUUCUUGCGCGAGCAAAGGCAGCUGCAGAGAAGCUCGUAGAGGAGGAAGUGGCACCAGAACCGGCUCCAGCAGACGUCAAUUCGGCAGCGCCAGAGACCGGUGCACCUGCAAAGCCAGCAGCAGUAGCAUCAGCACCAGUGCGACCCCAGGAGGUUUGUGGAGGUCCAGAAACGGGGACGUCGUGUAUGGAGGAUGCUCUUCCCGAUUGUGGUCCUCUGGCCGAUCCCGUCGUUGUUGCACGAGAGGCACUGGCAACAGUGGACAGAACAGCUACUGCUGCCGCUGCUGCAGGCAAACCAUUGCCGUCAGCUGCAGAGCGGAAGGCGCUAGUGCACGCGAUGCUCGAACAAAAGAUCGGUUUGCGACCGGAGGACGUGGUGAUGGCAGUUGAUGGAGCUGACGUGGCUGGAGACGGUACGGUUCAUUUCAGGGGCAUGGAGCGCGUUAGCGUCUCCCACGUCAUCUCGGAGAAGUUCAUGGGCGAGACGCUUUCUCUAACCGUCCUUAGGGACGGGAAAGUGCAGAAUGUCCUGGUACCGCUGGAGACAGAGCGCUCCCUAAUCCCCAAACAUCAGUGGGGGCGCCCCGCUCGGUACAUCGUCUACGGCGGUUUGGUGUUCUGCCCGCUUACCCUGGAGUAUUUAAAGGCAAGAAAAGGCCUCGUGUUUCUUGGUGCAGCUCUGCCGUUUGCAAUGCAGGAAGUGGUGGUUCUCUGCAGCUCUGCAAACGCAUUCACCUCAUACAAUCUUCUGCCUCUUCACUAUCCACAGGAUGAAUUUGGACCAAAGUUUCAUGAAAGAGCGCCCAGCUCCCUACUGCGGCCUCUGACGGAGGUCUUCGCUACCGUGGAGGGAGAGGAGCCCAUAGUGCUGUCGCAGAUCCUGGCAUCUGACCUCACUAGUGGAUACAGCGUGCGUAAUUGCCUCCUAUCCACCGUGGAUGGCGCGAAGGUAACGAAUCUUCGCCAUUUGGCGCAGCUCUUGGGAAUCAAAACGACACAACAGCAACAGCAGCAGGAUCAGCAGCAGGAUGAGCAGCGGCAGGACCAGAAGCCAAAUGAGUUCGUUACGUUUGUCCUGGAGGAGAAACUGCAGGUGGUGCUUCACAGAGGCAAAGCCGAGGCGAUGCUCCCUGAAAUUUUGAAACAGCACGCCAUUCAUCGGCAGACAAGCGACAACUUGUGA